AUGCGGGGCUGCGGCGGGCGCCGCGCCCUGCUGGCCCUGCUGGCCCUGCUCGCCCUGCUCCUGCCCGCCGCCGCCGCCGGCCCCGGGCCCGCCGCCGGCCCCGCCACCGGCCCCGGGCCCGCCGCGGCGGGGGAGAGCCCCGGCAAUUUCAUGGAGGACGAGCAGUGGCUCUCGUCCAUCUCCCAGUACGGCGGCAGGAUCAAGCACUGGAACCGCUUUCGAGACGAGGUGGAGGAUGACUACAUCAAGAGCUGGGAGGACAACCAGCCCGGGGAUGAAGCCCUGGACACCACCAAGGACCCGUGCCAGAAGGUGAAGUGCAGCCGGCACAAGGUGUGCGUGGCGCAGGGCUACCAGCGCGCCAUGUGCAUCAGCCGCAAGAAGCUGGAGCACAGGAUCAAGCCGCUGGGCCCCAAGGCGCACGGGGGCUGCAAGCCCUGCCACGCCGCCCCGGUGGCUGCCGUCUGCGGCUCCGACGGCCACACCUACAGCUCGGCGUGCAAGCUGGAGCAGCAGGCGUGCCUGGCCAGCAAGCAGCUGACGGUGCGGUGCGAGGGGCAGUGCCCCUGCCCGACCCCGCAUAGUCCUGUCGGCGACAGCAAACAAGAACUGUGCACCGGGCAGGAUCUGGCCGACCUGGGUGACCGCCUGCGCGACUGGUUCCAGCUCCUGCGUGAGAACGCCAAGCAGAACGGCUCCGGCGGGCUCCCCGCCAGCCCCGCCACUGCGCUGGAGAGGAGCGUGGCAGCCACCUGCAAGGAGGCGGUGGGGUGGAUGUUCGCCCGGCUGGACACGAGCGGGGAUCUCUUCCUGGAGGCGGCCGAGCUGGCCGCCAUCAACCUGGACAAGUACGAGGUGUGCAUCCGCGCCUUCUUCAACUCCUGCGACACCUCCAAGGACGGCCGCGUCUCUGCUCCCGAGUGGUGCUUCUGCUUCUGGAGGGAAAAGCCGCCCUGUCUCAGGGAGCUGGAGAAGAUCCAGAUCCAAGAAGCAACCAAAAAAAAGCUGGGCACCUUCAUUCCCAGCUGCGAUGAGGACGGCUACUACCGGCGGGCACAGUGCGAGCCGGGCGGCGGCGAGUGCUGGUGCGUGGACCAGCACGGGGCGGAGCUGACGGGAACCCGCGGCCACGGCAGCCCUGACUGCGAUGAAGCAACCGGGUUUUCGGGAGACUUCGGCAGCAGCGUGGGCUGGGAGGAUGAGGAGGAGAAGGAGCCGGAGGAGGCGGGCGAGGAAGGCGAGGAAGAGGAGGGUGAAGCGGGCGAAGGCGACGACGGCGGCUACAUCUGGUAG